UAUGCCAUAAAUAAUACGACAUGCCGAAAUUAAAAGAGCCGUGUGUCACGGACGGUCCUAUUGCAGCCACUUCAACGACUGACGACGACGACGACGAGUAGCAUGGUCCACCUCACGACGACGGAAGCGAGCGCCCCGGGCAAGGUCAUCCUCUUCGGCGAGCAUGCAGUCGUCUAUGGCACGACGGCCAUCGCUGCCUCCGUCUCCAGCCUCCGCGUCUCGGCGCGCGUCAGCGCGACGUCGACGCCGUCGGUCCGGGUCGCCUUGAACAACCUCACGAGCAUGAAGGACGGCAAGCCGCUCAUCCGGUCGUGGCCGCUCCAUGCGCUGGCGUCGGCCUUCCGCGGUGCUACGACUGAUGGCGACACGGCGUUCCUGCCGCGGCCGUCCGCGGCCAUCGUUGCUGCGCUCCAGUCGGCGCUUGUCGACGAGCACCCCAAGGACGUUAACGCGCUUCGGCCCGCGCUCUUCCUCCUCGCUGCGAUCGUGCCCACGCUUCUGUCGUCGACCACGUCGGGCGUCGACAUUGAUGUCGUGAGUGGCGCGUUUCCCGUCGGCGCCGGUCUCGGCUCGUCCGCGGCCUUUUGCACGGCCGUCGCAGCCGCGCUUCUCAAAGCGACGGCGACAACGACGACGGUGGCCCUCGACGAUGUCAACAAGUAUGCGUUCGCGGCCGAAGUACUCCUCCACGACAACCCGUCCGGCGUCGACAACAGCGUUGCCACUUACGGUGGCGCGAUCGUCUUCAAGAAGGGGCCAUCGGUCGCCAUGACCAAGCUGGCGCUCCCAUCACUUCGCAUCCUGCUGACCAACACGCACGUCCCGCGCGAGACCAAGGUGCUCGUCGGCGGAGUCCGUGUGCUCUACGACGCCGAUCCCGUCGCGAUCCAGCGCCAAUUUGACGGGAUUGAGGCGCUUGCGUCGUCCUUCCAAGCACACGUCGCGGCCAAGACGCUGACGGCGUCGGUCCUGGCGCCCAUGAUGGCAGCCAACCAGGAGGCCCUCGAGACGCUGCAAGUGAGCCACGCUAGCAUCCGCGCCAUCUGCGCAGCGUCCGCAGCGCGCGGCCUCACGACCAAGCUCACGGGCGCGGGCGGUGGCGGCUGCACGAUCACGCUCAUUCCCAACGACUGCCCGAGCGAGAGCUUGGCCGCCCUCGUCGCCGACCUCGAAAAGCUCGGGUACACGUGCCUCGAGACGGCGCUUGGCGGCACCGGUGUCGAGUGGUCGCAGUAGAGUACGAGUCUCAUGCUAGUAGACCCUUUGUACUGUGGA